CAACGCAUAUUAAUUCUCGAGCAAACGCCGACUAAAUUUCAUAUCCAGCCGAACGUACAUAAAAUUGAGAUAAAGUUAUAGCAGCUGGUUCACUAGUGAAGUUUCUUCCAGGAUUUCAAGGACCGCUUCCUUUUGCACUUGAAACUGGGUAUGUUGGAGUUGGUGAUGUUGAAGAUGUGCAACUGUUUUACUAUUUUAUAAAGUCGGAGUCGAAUCCAGAAUCAGAUCCUGUUCUACUUUGGAUCACAGGAGGCCCUGGUUGCUCUGCUCUAUCUGGCCUUAUCUAUGAGAUUGAGUGUUGGCCAGUUGCAAAAAUGAGCAUGUUGAGAUAGAUGUGUGGACAUACUAGGAGAGAUAAGAUUAAGAAUGAAAAGACAAGAUGGAAGUGAUCUCUGUGGUGGACAAGAUAAGGGAAGUAAGAUUGAGAUGGUUUGAACAUGUGAAGAGGAGAUGCGCAGAUGCCCUAGUGAGCGGGUGUGAGAGGUUGACAAUGGUGAUGGGUAUGAGGAGAGGUAGAAACUGAAGACGUAUUAGGGAGACGUGAUUGCCCUGUGUUUGUUGUACAGUCUACAUACACUCUACCCUGCCCAGUCUCCACUUGUGGGAUUACAUCAGGUAUGUUGUUGUUGUUGAUGAGGCCUCAAGCUAAUUAGGAAGAAGAUUUUGGGUCCGAUCAUUGACAACUUGGACUAGAAAGCGUUAGUAGUUGAUUUGGAUCAUAAAAGUUUCUAGCUUCUUGCAAGCAAUUAAGUUACUCUCUAAACCUGUUUUAACUAUGAAUAUGAAGGACCAAUAACAUUUGAGCCAGUAGAAUAUAAUGGGAGUUUCCCUACAAUGAUACUGAAUCCUUACUCAUGGACAAAGGCCGCGAGCAUUAUUUUUCUAGACUUUCCAGUGGGCACUGGAUUUUCCUACGCGGCUACUCCAGCAGCUCAACAAUCAUCUGAUUUAAAAUCAAGUGAUCAUGCAUAUCAGUUCCUUCACAAGUGGUUCAUUCAUCAUCCAGAAUUUCUAAGGAAUCCAUUAUAUGUUGCUGGAGACUCGUACUCUGGGAUGUUUGUUCCUAUCAUAACUCAAAUUAUAGCAAUUAAAAAUGAUAUGGAAAUCAAACCAUUUAUCAAUCUUAAGGGAUAUUUACUCGGAAAUCCGUUGACUUUCAAAGGUGAAGACAAUUAUGAGAUUCCAUAUGCUCAUGGAAUGGGACUUAUUUCUGAUGAAUUCUAUGAGUCCUUGAAGAUCAAUUGUAAAGGAGAAUACCUUGAUAUAAAUCCAAGCAAUGCAAUGUGUUUGCAAGAUGUUCAAACUUUUAAAGAGCUUCUCAAAGGAAUUAAUGAACCCCAUAUUUUGGAGCCCAAAUGUGAGUUUGUUUCACCAAAGCCACACUUACUGUUUGGUCAAAGAAGAUCUCUUGAUGAAAAGUUUCAUCAACUUAAAAAUCCUGAACAACUUCCUGCACUAAAAUGUCGCAAUGAUUGGUACAAACAUUCUUAUCAUUGGGCCGAUGAUGGUCAAGAUAGAGACGCCCUCAACAUUCGGAAGGAUACUGUCGGAAAAUGGGAGAGAUGUGCAAGUAAUUUGAAAUACCAAAAGACAGUCAUGAGUACCAUACCAUAUCAUGCGAGCCUCAGUAGCAAAGGUUACAGAUCUCUUAUAUACAGUGGAGAUCAUGACAAGGUUGUAAGCUUCCAAUCAACUCAAGCAUGGAUAAAAUCUCUUAACUACUCCAUUGUUGAUGAUUGGCGAACUUGGACUGUUGACAAUCAAGUUGCCGGUUACACGAGAAGUUACUCUAAUCAGAUGACAUUUGCCACAGUGAAGGGAGCAGGGCAUACUGCACCAGAAUAUAAGCCUCGCGAAUGUCUGGCCAUGCUCACAAGGUGGAUAUCAUACCAGCCCUUGUAAUCAACAAAUGUGUUAAUUGGUAAUUAUAAAGAUUCCAUUGUGUUGACAUUGUUUAAGACAUCAAUGUAUAAAAACUUAAAUUCCAUUAUGGUUAAUGCCAUUUUAAGCUCCAUAUAGGAUAAUCUUGAUUAAGAAUACUUGUCAAGGUAAGUACCACAUAAAUUAUUAGGAGAAGGUGCAAAUUUGGCCUCA